CUGCUGUUAAUCUCACCAUUUUCGUGCUUUUAAUGAACAUCUUGUUUCGUUUUCGGUCAUGUAUAACGUUAGCCAAAACUAGCGACGAUCGACAAUACCCAACUGGUAACCUUGAGCAAAAUGGCGCCGAACACGGAUUAUUGUGUGGUCCCGCUCGUAUGACUCCCGGGACACUGCUCUGUGACUGGUUGGCACGAGCAACUCUUUCUUCUCGACGGUCGGGUACCGUGUGAUGGCCGUCACCAUGCCAGGCAUAGUUCCAGAAAUAGUUCAAGAGCCAGGGGGAAGAGUGAAGGGAUUGACGAUCGUCAAGCCCAUUGUGUAUGGUAAUGUUGCCCGUUACUUUGGGAAGAAGAGAGAGGAAGAUGGCCACACACAUCAAUGGACUGUUUACCUGAAGCCAUACAAGAAUGAGGACAUGUCCACUUAUGUAAAGAAGGUACACUUCAAGCUCCAUGAAAGCUAUCCAAAUCAGAACAGGGUGGUGACAAAACCGCCAUAUGAAGUGACGGAAACUGGCUGGGGUGAAUUCGAAAUUGUCAUAAAAAUAUACUUCAUGGAUACCACAGAAAGACCGGUGACCGUCUACCACAUCUUGAAGCUCUUUCAGAGUGAAACCAACAUUAUGCUUGGGAAGAAGCAACUUGUGUCAGAAUCAUACGAUGAGCUGAUAUUUUCUGAGCCCACAAUGAUGAUGCAGCAGCUGCUAACAAGCACGAGGCCACUUACGGUGGGCCCAUACAAGCAUGAAUUUGACUUCGAAGAGAAGAAGGAGAAGACACUGCACGCCAUUCUCCAGGCAAAGAACAAGAUUCGGCUUGAAGUGGCAGACCUGAAGGAACGCCUCAAAGUAGCCAGGGAGACCAUCGACAAGUACAAGUCUGAGAUCAGCAAGUUGGAGUCGCAAGCUGACGUAGAUCCUGGUGGAACAGCAGCCCCUGGUGCUGCAUCCUGACAAGCCUUCGUCAUAUAAGAGUGUGAUGUUGUUUCUUGUGAGUGCCAGUGCAUGCUAUGGACAGGGCGUGUUGGUUGGCUGGACCCACACAAGUUGCAUUGCACGGAGAGCGUCAACAUUGCAACACUGUCACAUGCUCACGUGACAGUCUCCCUUCCAAGAGGUUCAGAAGCAAAAAAGCAUUUGUGCACCCUCCUUUCAUCACUUGAAUGCUUCCAUCUUUUUCACCAUCUUUUACACCAUGAAAAGAAAAAGUCUUGCUUCAGGCAUUUAUGUGGAUGUAGUUUUGCAGUUGGGUACAUUUGAUGCCAAUAACCUUGCUUCAUAAGAGAAUAUGCAAUUAAUUUGCCCAAACAUUAUUCCAGAGGAAGUGAGCCCUGCACCUUAGGCUUUGUGUAAAUCAUUUGUGGGUAUAUUGCUGGUACAGUUGCCCAUUUUUAUGGUGAUGCCUUAACCAGGUAUCCUAAGGUAGCCACCCGGAGUCCAGUGCUUUUCUCUAGCUGCAUGAGGUACAGUAUGCCAUCAGAUAUAAGAUGUAUGCUAAAGUAUGAAAGCACAGUAUGUUGUCAGAUGUGGGCUGCAGCAAUGUUUUCGUCAGAAUUGAUAUCUGCGAAGUCUCUCGAUUAAAACUGUUUUCGGAGUGGGCUCAUGCAACUAUCUUUUGAAUGCACGAUUCUCAGCAAGAGAGAGGCUCAACCCUGCAUGUAAAGCUUUCAUCUGCUGACAUUUCAGAGCUACAGAAAUAAAUAUGGAACUGUGAUUUCCUGUCA